AUGGAUGAAGUUGCCUUUUACUGUUCAAAGGGAAGUGAUGCAGAUAAAAAGCAUUUAAGCACAUUCGGCUAUCUUUCAUCAACUCACUCUCCGAAGCAAUAUCUUCAAUAUCGACAAUGCUAUUGUGAUCGAAAUGGUGCUGUUUUAACCGGUGUUGGCCAAGAAACCAAACUUAUUACGGCUUGCUAUAAGAAGGCAUUAAUUCAAGUUUAUCUUUACGGGAAAGAGGCUCCAGAGCAGAGAAUACCUAUUCCUGAGCCACUAACAUGUAUACAGAUUAUUGAUCAUCCAACUAUUGCAUCCUCAUCUAGAAACUCGUCUGAAAAUUGGCUUCUAGUUGGUGGAAGUAGCACGGGACGCUUAUAUGUAUGGGAGCUAUCGUCUGGAUUACUUCUUGCUGUUAAAGAGUGUCAUUAUCAAUCCAUGACUGUUAUAAAGCAGUGUAAUAACUAUAUCGUUACGGGAGGUGCCGAUUCCAGGGUUACCGUGUGGAAAAUUACAGAUUUGAUCUCUGAUCAUAUAGUGCGAUCCCAGCCGUACGCUGUUUUUUCAAACCAUACCUUGCCUGUCACAGAUAUAGUAGUCUCAGCCGGGUUAGAUGAUGAUGCAAUUAUAUAUUCGUCAUCUGAAGACAGCACAAUUAGGUGCUACAGUCUCGUUUCCAAGCAACUUUUAACUACAUUUGUUCUUCCGCAAAAGGUAACUUCUCUUGCAUCCGAUCCUAGCUUUAGGGCUCUUUAUGCAGGACUUCAAAAUGGUACCAUUCGUGUAAUUAAUCUUUAUAAGGCGGACCCAAGUUCACAUGUAUUGGAGGCAGUCGGUGGCUUGGGUAAGGUUAUCACGUUAAAGCCUGAUUUGAAUAAUGAUGAAUCAAUCGCAUGUAUCCAAAGUGAAUCAGCCGAUAAAAACAAAAGUAAGGAGGAAAAUGCAAUCACUAAAACUAUUGUGAACAUUGACGGUACCACAAUCAUAUGCGGAGAUAUGAGUGGGUAUGUGUUUAUAGUGGAUAUUAGAACUAAGCAAAUUCAAAGAAAACUAAAAACACUUUCUGGACCAGUCUCACAAAUAUUAUUAUUCAAUGCAAUGUGCGAUGACAAGAAGUUAACAAGAGAUGUCAAGGAUAAGCGGAUAAUCAGGAAUAUUCCAAUUUUGAAAAGGGUUGUUGUCGAUUCCGAAAUUAUAGGAAAACACGAGAUUACAAAGAGAUUGGGUCAUCUGGAAAGUACAGCGGAAAGAUUUGACGUGGAUGAAUUUAUCAAUACUGUUCAAAGCCAACAAAAAUGUUUCGAAAACACUGGUAAAUCCGAAAUUAUUUCUAUUUCGGGUUCUAACACUAGCACAGCCACGAAACUGGGUGAAACUGCGGAGUUGAAAAAGCAGUUGGAGCAGAUGGGUGCCUCUUUUUCUACAUUGAAAUCAAAAUAUGAGGAGUUGUAUAAAGAAUACGCCACCAUUGCCAACAAAUGA